GCUACGCCAUUUUUUGCCCGUUGUGUGAAAAGAAGAGUUUUAGUUUUAGUCGUUGAUUAUUAUGUCACAUAGUCCCGACAACGAAGAUCAUUUUAUGGGAAUGGACUACUCAGGUGAUACCGUUAAAAGACCGAGAAAUGAAGAAAACGACGGCAUUUCAAGUAAAAGAUGCAAAGCUGAUUCCAUCCUACUGAAGCAGCUGUUUCCCUCUUUGAUUACGGGUCUCAUCAUAGGUAAGGGUGGGGAGGCAAUCACAAAACUCCAAGCAGAUACAAACACCACCAUCAAAAUGUCAAAGAAUGGGGACUUUUUUCCAGGCACUGCUGAUCGAAUAUGUGUUAUACUCGGCUCAGUUGAUUGUGUGAAGGAUGCUCACAAUGCUGUGUGGGACAAAAUCAAGAAGAGGCAGGAGAUUCCAGCUGAAGAUUUGAAGGUCCGAUUGGUGGUUCCUAAUGUGACAGUUGGAAUGAUCAUAGGCAAGGCCGGGUGUUACGUCAAACAAAUCAAAGAUGACACUGGCGCCACUGUUCAGGUGUCAGCCAAGUCGCCCAAUCCACUCUUGCUAGAAAGAAUUGUAACAGUUUCAGGUACACCUGAGCAGGUUGCAAAAGCAUUUGACAUGGUCUACAUGAAGAUCUGUGAGGACCCACAAAGUGGAAGUUGUCCUAACACCAGCUACACAGAAGUCGGUGGAUCUCUGGCUAUAUCCCCAACUGAAUUAGGAUUAGGAGGAUCUUUCAUGGGCUUGGGCAAUAUGGGAAUGUCUGGUGUCACAAUGCCCACUGGGAAUCCAUUCUCUUCAUUCAACUUUGCAGAGGCAACGAGAAAGAUGAAUCCAAUUAAUGUUGAAAAUUUGAGAGCAACUCUGCGAGCCAGUGGCUGUUCAGCUCAGGGAGUGGAGGAAAUAACUGGUUCCUUACUGGUCCUUGCCUCCUACAAUCUUCUAGCUAAUCUGCAAGCCACACAACCGGGUACUGUUUCACUUGAGUACCUGGCAAAUGUUUUGAAUGGCGUUCCUUCGUCGACUAGUACAAAUGCAUAUGGAGAUGGAAAGAGUGAGAACCCAUUGCUUUCAUUCUACAGUACAUUGAGUACAGCAAGUAGUGCAACAAAUGGCAGCAGUGCGGUUUUUGGAACAGGCAACACUGGCGGAUCAGCCAGCUUCGAUCUCAUCACUGAGUUAAGUGAUGGUAGCAAAGAGAUGCAAGUUAAUGAAAGCCUCAUCGGGGCAGUUCUCGGUCCUGCUGGUAGAAACAUCAUUGAAAUACAAAAAUUCACAAACACCAGCAUUCAGAUUUCAAAGAAAGGAGUGUUUGCUCCGGGUACUAAAAAUAGAUUAGUGACAAUUAGAGGUACAAAUGGUGGGGACAUUGACAAAGCAGUUUUCAUGAUUCAGCAGUAUGUUUUGCAGGAGGAAUCAAAGAGGAACAGGGACCUCAUGCACCCACUCAGCAAAUAUUAAUGGUAAUUAAUCAUAAUUCAUAAUGUUGAACCAUUCUUUAGAGCUCUAUUUCUGUUAUAGUUAAAUUCUUUCAAACGUGCUCUGUAUUUGUUAUGAAUGUUUUUUUAUUUGAAGGAGUGCUUUUUUUUUAAACGCCCUUUUUAUUUUUAAGUUUCAGUUGACUGUUUAGAUUUGUUAUAGGGUUUUUUAUAUUUGAUUUCAUUUUAAAAAGUAAGUUUGUGUGUUUUGUGUGUAGAGCUCACUAAAAUUUUAUAUACUUAAAUGGUAAGUAACUAACUUUAGCUUUGAAGAAGAAACUAUUCUCUAUUGGUAGAAUGAUAUUGAAAUUGUAUCAUAUUUAAAGUUAAUGUCAGAUCAAAUAUGUGUAUUCCAUAUUUUAAAAUAUUCUCUUUGUUAUAAAUUUUUAUUAAAUGUUUAAGUGAAAAAAAUUUUCA